AUGAAACAAUCCACCUUGUCCUUUGGUUCGGGAAAGAAGCUGACCAUCAACAAAUCGGGCUCAUCCAAAACAACAUCGAGCACUACUACCAAGUGUUCCUCAUUCUCCAACAGCUCGUUGACUCCUUCCUUCGAACACGAUGAAAUUCUUGCAACAUCCUCUCCUUCUAAAAUUAAUAAACAAAAGAAGAUGCUUUCCUCGACGCCACGAAGAAACCACAAAUCAGCUAAAAGACUCGAGCAAUUGUAUAUGGAUUGUGGACAAAAGAGUUUCACCAGUAUUCGAUGUAGUUCAUGUGGAAUGGUCUAUAUGAAUGGAGACUUUCAAGAUGAGAAGGUUCAUAAUCAAUUCUGUAAAUCUUUCAAAAAGUUGAUGAAAUACAAAGUGAGUGCCAAGGACACUGUCAAGGAAGAAUGUCAUCCUUAUAAGAUCAUUGCCAUUCAUUCCAAAUCUCCAAAGAAUCAACAAAAGAAAGCUGAGAAUAUAAUCGAAUUUAUUGAUCAGAGCUCUCUUCAAUGCACCCUUCCGUUCUCCAUUCAGACACAUACCAUGUUUCUCUAUGUAAAUUCCGAUAAUGAUGAAAUCGUUGCAUGUGUCGUUGUAGAGAGAAUUGAAAGAGCUCAUCCAGCAUUUAUUGAAAAGAAAGAUACCAUUGAAAAUUUGUUAAUGAAGGAUGCAAAAGUGAAUGUGACCGAGUCAGAAAAGGCAUCCAUUGAGGACAUUAUUCUUUCUACAGCCAGUAUUGAUUCUGCCUAUGACGAUAAAUUGUCCUUCUUUUCUUGGGAUGAUAAAAUCUGUAAGCGAGCAGUCUGUGGUGUUAACAGAAUUUGGGUUAAGGAAGAACAUCGAAGGAAUGGAAUUGCUAGUAAGCUGUUGGAUGCAGUUAGAGAACAUUAUGUGUAUGGUAUUCAUCUAGAAAAGAGCGAUAUUGCCUUCUCACCUCCAACCCCAAAGGGAGCUUAUUUUGCUAGAGUCUAUUGCGAACGUAGUGUGAAUGAAGCUGAUUUUCUUGUGUAUGUCACAAGUCCAGUGAAUCAUCAAGAUGUAACUGAUAUUGAGUAA